UCAGGGUCACUUGGAGGAUAUCCAAAGCAAAGGUGUGCGGAGGCCUGCAUGCUUCUACCUUGCGAGCACAUGCUGCUGGGGGUGGGGGUAUAACUUUUUCCCCUUAACUUUUUUUUUGGUGGGGGGGGGGGGGGGGGGGGGGGGGGGUAUAAGUAUUGGUUGACGCGUAUCAUGUUUAUCCGUUUAACAUCAUCAUGGCGCGCCGAAAGAAAUGGAAGCCUGCUCGUCCAAUAUCACCAUCAUAUGCAGCGAAGCUGGAAAGACAGAAAUUGUCCGCCACCGCGGAUGCUUGGAAUCGUGACUGGAACGAUGACAAUGGCCAAGCAGAGGGUGCAGCGGUGGGCUCAGGCGAGAUUGAGGAGAAGAGGAGAGGCGUGGGAUCCCAAGCCACCACAUUUGUGGCAGGUGAGGAUGCAGAAGACCGGACAUCCAAGGCGUUGGCGAAACAGGAUGUCACAAAUGCCGAGGGAAAGGUAGGGGCAGGUGUCUCUGAAGAAGUAUCGAGGAGCCGACGGGUCUCGAACACCAGAUCGGCAAAGGAGGCGGCGGAGCAGCACUCCCACAGGGUUGCUGCUGACAAUGGCUUCUCAUCAGGGGGAUCUGAACUGGAAGGGGCUGCAGGGGGAGGGGGGGGGAGGGGAAGUGAACGACGAGAGGACGAUGCACAAGAGGAGGGGGUUAAGGGAAGGGGGGUGACAGGAGGGUGGACUCGGAUCAUCGGCAAAGGUAACGGUAGAGAGGGAGGGAAAGCAAUGGAACCAGAGGAGGAUGGGACAGGCAAAGGUCCCACAGUAGGGAAGAGGAGGAGUGGGACAAGUGUGAAAUUGGGACUGCCAGAGGCGGAGGGGAGCAUCGCAAGACCUGUAUCCGAUUCAUGGGUAUGGGAUAAGAAGCAAGCAUUUUCGGGAGAGGGGGGGUGGCCGUCAAGCCAGGAUGAAGCCAUAUUAGUCAAGAGAGGGGCCUUCAGCACCCAACCUUCCCCUGUACUGAAACAUAUGGAUGGGGUGCGUAGAGUGGUGGCUCCUUUCACGGGAUCUGAUGGUAUGCAAUUGGAUCAGCAAGAUAACGAUAGAGGGGUGGGGAGAAAGGGCACAGAGGGAGGAGACGGGGGACUGAAUGAGUUGGAAAGUGGGUCUACAUGGGGGGGGGGGGGGGAGGGUAAAUGGAGAGAGCAUGGAGCGAAAGACACCGAGGCGCGAGAAGAUGAGGUACCGGAGACAAUGACUACCAGUAAAGGUGUCAUUGUUGUAGGCCUUGGCAGUGGGCCUGGAGGAAAAAAGGGUAGGAGAUCCGUUGUGCAAGCCGCAUCGCUCCCUUGGACCCGGUUCUUCUUCCCUGCAGAUGACGACCUCGGGAGGGCUCCCUCCCUUCGUACACAGUACUUUGAUGUGUGCAUUGACGAUGAGAAUGAAAGGUGGGGGCCAGGACCGGGAGAGGGUACUAAUACGGCCGCCAAGUCACGGGAUUCAAUGGCUGGGUCCCGGGAGGACUGGGGCUCGAUGGUCGCCCCAGAGGUUGCUGUGAUGAGGGAGGUGGAGCGACUCCGGGAAGAGAACUUUAGGCUGAGCUACCUGCGGUGCCCAGGAUUUCCACCCAUAUUGAAGUCCUCCUUGGGAGGUGCUAUGGCCCAAAAAAGGGGUGUUGAGACUCACGACGACGAAGGGGGGGCAUUAAUUAAGGCCCUGCCUAAACAGGACAUAACAACUUUUGCUCAAUGGGUAAGGAGGCUGAGGCCUGCGCUAGGUGCAGGAGCCCAUGUGGAGAACCUCCUGCCCCUGUUGACUCUCUCACAAGGCCUUCUAAGGGAGGUGGUGGACCAGAGAAUUGACUUCUAUCUGCAGCAGGUGGAAGAGGAGAGGCGGAUGUACAAGGAGAGAGAGUCCGCAAUCAAAAUGGAGCUGGACAUGACAAAGAAGAGGUACCGCGACGACUUCAGUGAGGAGGUGGAUGAGAUUCAGCGUGGGGUGGGGGGUGGAGCAGCUGGUGAAGGAGGCCAGGGACCUCAAGACAACACGUCGAGGUUACUUAUUCGGUUGGAGAAGAUGAAAGGGGGUGUAAUGUCAAUGAGAAAGCAGGAGGAGAUUGAAGCGCUCGCCAAGGAGCGAGAUGAAGCUCUAGAACAAUUGGAACAAGUGAAGCAGGCGAGAGAAGAAAGCACCAGGCAGGGCGCUGCUGCGUUGGAGAUGGAAAAGGCGGUCCGGCAACGAGAAAAUGCAGCAUGGCGUACACAGGUCGGGAGGAUUCAGAAGAGGACAGGAGAGUACGAACGCGAGUUUGAAGAAGUGAGGAAGAAGCUGAAGGAAGCGGAAGCCGAGACAGAACGGCUGAGGAGGAGGGAGAAGCUGAGAGAGGCAACGUAUAAAGAAUGGGAAGCCGGGAAGUCGGUGCCGGCCAUGGCUAUGGUUUCUCAGGAGAUCCACGAGCUUGACCCGACGGAGAAGUCGCUGUUCGAGACCGCAACGAAAACCGAUAUCAUGGAUGCAUCCCAGAAGAUUUGCGAAACUCUCCGCACGAAGUUGCACGUGUCGGCAUACAUAGCAAUGCUGGUGGCUCCACCUGAAGACACCUUAGAGACCGGGACUCAAGCUGGAGAUGGUGAGACUGGGACUCAGCCCGGAGAUGGGACUGGGAGUGAACCUGGAGGAGGAGAUGCAAGCGAGCAAGGAGAAGUGGCACGUGAGCGUGCACGUGGAUUCUUAGUACGGAAGUCGAUGAGUGAGGUGCAACACAGGGCGGCGCUGGAGGCUGCAGCUGCCGCUGCCGCGAAUCCGGGAGCGGCAGGGAAUGCUGCAGAUGUGGUUGCAAAGAUGGCUCAAGGGGUUCAGGCGACGGAACAAAAAGAACAGCGUGCCACAUGGUUGCAGUAUGUUGCGGCUGAUUCGUCGAACACUUUCAUCGUCGGACAAUACCUCCUACCCGGAGAGGGGGUUACCUAUUUCGCCUUAUUGCCACGAGGGGACAAUUAUCCUGACAAACCCACCGUGGAAGAAAAUGGGACAGUCUUGGACGACUACUCGGUCCAUGUUCCGGAGUUGGUGAACGAUGGGAGAGUCAAGUACUGGGCUUUGGAAUUCGGCAGGCAAUUGCCGGAUCCCCUGGAAGGCUCCUUCUUUGGCUUGGGAAUCAGUAUCGACGGAGAGGCGAUAGGGGUCUUGUGCAUCGAUACCCUUGGAAGAAAGCGGGGGGAUCUCAUCCUGUCCCAGUCCCAAUGCGAAUGGACCAAGUGGAAGGAGUCACUUUUCAUGGUCAAAGAUGCUCAAGGGAACGAGUUUCCCGUCCUCUUGGAUGAGAAGUGUGGGUGCAAGGUCUUCUCCAAGAUCGACCUCAAGUCUGGCUAUCACCAGAUUGAAGUCGAUCCUGCGGACCAGCAUAAGACUGCGUUCACAACACGCGAUGGGCUUUACAAGUUUACCACGCACGGGAGCGGGACAUGCAGCUUCGACAUUGGCAAAUCUUCUGGGUUGGUGGCUGUGCGGGAUGUAACCGAGGCGUUGCUGAGUGCGUACCCCGACAAGAUAUCGUGGCUGACGGGGCUGCAGAAGGCGGUCGUCUUGCACGCUUUCGCCGACAAGGGUUUCCCUAACUGCCAUGGGUGCAUCGAUUGCACCUACAUCUUCAUCGACAAGCCAAUGAAUUGCCCCGGGGAGGACAACUACGAUAGAAAACACCGUUUCUCCGUCCAAGCGCAGGUGGUCGUCGAUCUGAACUUGCGCGUGCUGGACUUGUUCCUCGGUUAUCCGGGAAGUUGCUACGACGUGAGGAUCGUCCACCUAUUGAGUUUAUGGGCAUGCGCGGAGGCAGGGGAGUUUUUCACUGGGCCACCUGUCAUGCUGUCUUUCGGUGUGCAGACGAAUGGGUAUUUGCUGGGCGACAACGGUUAUCCCCCUUCCGAAUGGGUAGUCGUCCCCUAUGGCGGUCUCGCACAGCACCCGUUGGAGUUGUGUUUCGACAACAAGCAGAAGACGGUGAGGGGAGCAGUUGAGAAAGCUUUCGGGAGACUGAAGGGGAUGUGGAGGUUGUUCCGUCGCUCCCACAAGACGAGCAUGGACACGUUGCCACAGCAGUGCGUCGCCGUGUGCAUUUUGCACAACAUACUCAUCGAUAAGGGCAUCCCCUUCGACGACAAUCUAUUGUGGGAGGUCGGGCUGGACGGUGUGCGUCGCAGGGUGGAUCUUGGGAUGCAGCGGCCCUUGAGGCCGAUGUGUAUGGAGUCGUCGACGGGGGAUGCGCUGAUUCUGCGGGCCGCACUAGCGGAGCAAAUGGGUGCGCAGUGGGUGGCGGUGGACGUUGCUCUUCCUCGUGGACGUGCGCGAAUGGAGGGAUGUGAUGGGGGUGGGCGUGCUGUGCUGUCGCCGACGGAGAGGACAGCUGUCGCGGCGGCAGCCGUUGCCGUAGUCCGUCGAUACGAAGCRGAGAGGGCRGCGGGCCGCAUGAAGGCAGYGCUUUCCAGGCGGYGACACAGGCUUCUGCUGYAGASGGUGUUGGACGCCCCRSACURCAUCAYGACUUCGGAGGCCGUGGUUCAGCUGUGCGCUGCAAUCGGUUCCGGUGUGCUUCCCAGGGCGACGCCACGUUGGUGGAUGAGGCGGAGAACUGGCGGGACUUGGGAGGAUUUGCGGGUGUGCGACGACGCGACGGAUGACUACUUCCGGGAAAAGYUCCRCAUGUCGAGGAGARKGUUCAUGGAGAUCACCRAAGCCUGUGCGCCUCAUUUGCAACGACAGGUCACGUUCUACAGGGAGCCGCUUCAGCCGGAUCAGAUCRUCGCGUACGCGCUGUAUAGGUGGGCAACAGGAGAGUCRUACGACAACAMCACAUCAUYGUUYGRCAUUGGCAGAGCAUCCGGAGUUCGAGCCGUGCGCGAUGUGACAGCCGCGUUGCUGCGGGUCUACGGGGACAAGAUAUCGUGGCCGACAGGGGUGCGUAAACACGUGGUGCUACGKGCGUUUCAAGACAAGGGCUUUCCCAACUGCCAUGGCGCAGUUGACUGCACACACAUCUACGUGGACAAACCGGCGAACGCUCCGAGCGAGAACUACUUCGACCGCAAGCACCGUUUCUCCGUCAUUGCGCAGGUGGUGGUGGACCUGGAUCUGCGUGUGCUUAACAUCUUCGUUGGCUACCCGGGCAGCUGCCACGACAUUCGGGUGAUUCAGCUGUCAAGUCUGUCGAGGCGCGCGGAAGAGGGAACGUUUUUUCACGGGCCGCCUGUGACGCUGUCGGGAGGGGUGAGGACGAACGGAUACAUCUUGGGCGACAACGGGUAUCCUCCUUCGGAAUGGAUAGUGGUGCCGUACGGAGGAAUCAAUCAGCACCCGGACGAGGAAAGGUUCGACAACAAACAGAAGGUCGCUAGAGGUGCUGUGGAGAGGGCGUUCGGGAGGUUGAAGGGGAUGUGGAGGCUCUUCCUGCGGUCACACAAGACGAACUUGGACACUCUACCGCAGCAGUUCACGGCCUUCUGCAUUCUCCACAACAUCCUGCUCGAUGCUGGGAUCGAGUUCGACGAGAACUUGUUGUGGGAGGUCGACGAGAACGGGGUGAGGCGGCGAGUGGACYUGGGGAUUCAUCAGGCGGCGCUCAAGUCCUUGAAGCGCGGCACGCGGGCGAAGAGGAAAGCUGGCGCGACUAGGACGAGGGACCGCCUGUUUGAUGCGCAUGAAGGGGAGGGGCAUUGUCCGCGCAGCACGAUGCGGGAGCGUGGAGCGGCGACGCGGAGUUGCAGGCGCGCGACGAUGAGCAGUGCCACGUCAGCAGUGCCACGUCAGUCACAGUGCCACGUCAGCAGUGCCACGUCAGCAACAGUGCCACGUCAACAGUGCCACAUAAGCAACAAUGCCACGUCAACAGUGCCACAGUGCCACGUCAGCAGUGCCCCCAUGACGGGCUCAGUUUUAGGCAUGCCAGACCAACUAGCAAUUGAGUCCAUUGCCGAGUACCGACAGCGUUUCGAAACUCAGCUCGCACUAAUCGCGGCUGAGGAACAACGCCAGCUCGCAGCUGAGGCUGUCCGCCUACAGGCUGAAGCGGCGGCAACAGCUGAGAAGCAGCGGCUUCAGGCCGAAGCAGACGCAGAUACCCAGGCACGCCGAAAGGAAGCCCAGGAUCUGCUACACCGACAUGAAGCCACUAGCAUCGAAAAGCUCAAGUUUUGGCACUUUGAACCAUCCGAGGAGCACGACGACGCGACACCGGAGGAGCAGCACAAGGAAUUCAUGGCCAAACUCGUGACUAGGUUGGACUUGGAGCAAACUGCACCAAGACCAGAGGCUAGCAAGACCAGCAAUGCACCCUCUGCCCGCCAACUGGAGGAACGAGUUGAUCACGUAGUCGCAAUGCUCGGCGACAUCAGUAGCUUCGCUGCACCAGCUACCAUCAGCAAUCAGCUGGACACCUUGAAGAUCGAGGUUCAGCAACUGCACCGGCUGCCUAACAAGGAUAGCAACGCCGUGCAGCACUACAAGAUGCCGACAUUCCAAAUCGAGAAGUUCGAUGAUUAUACGCAUCAAGACCCGGUCCUCUGGUGGGAGGGCUUUACAACGCAACUUCGGAUUUUGUUCGUCGCCAAACACGCGUACAUCGGCGCCCUGUUCCUCAACUCAAAGGGCGGAUGCCAGAUCUGGUUGAGCCACCUGGCAACCGUCCAUGGCGUCGACGUCGCACAUCUGAAAGACAAUCUCUUGGGACAUUAUGUGACGCCGCAAGGCAUCCGUCUGCUUGUGGACAAGAUCGAGGCCCUCCGCGUAUGGCCCGAGCCCACCAACACCACGGACGUUCGUUCAUUCAUGGGGUUGGCGGGCUACUAUCAGCGAUUCAUCACCGGAUACUCGAGGAUUGCCACACCUAUGACGAGAUUACAAUCGCCAAAGGUGCCAUUCGUAUUCGAUGACGACGCACGACGGUCAUUCCAAGCACUCAAGACGGCCAUGCUCAUGGCACCCGUCCUUAGCAUCUAUGACCCCACCCUGCCUACGAGAGUGACAACAGACGCUUCCGGCUAUGGCAUUGGGGCAGCCUUGGAGCAACACGAUGGCGACGACUGGCACCCUGUGGAGUAUUUCAGCCACAAAGUGCCUCCCAUCAAUUCGCUUGAUGAUGCAAGGAAGAAGGAGCUGCUCGCGUUCGUGAUGGCUCUCAAGCGAUGGUGGCACUUCCUCCUUGGGCGUCGUAGGUUCACAUGGGUCACGGACAACAACCCAUUGACCUUCUACAAGACGCAGGAUACGGUGAGCCUUAUCAGGGAGGCAGCACGUGUGCUCGCGAAGAUGUACACGGUGAUCCGGGAAGAGCGAGUUGCGAAGCUGCAGGCCAUGACGAGAAUUCUGACGGCGCUUAAAAGCAUGGAGGACGAGGACAACCAAUCAUGGGCCGUUGCAACUGAGACCCUCGCAGAAUUUCAGAGGCUGCAGAAACAGGUGGUAGAGAUCAUGAAGGAGCCGGACAUGAGUGCACAGGCUGCAGAGAUGGCGAGCUAUGCGCGGCCUAUCCCGGUGACGAUCACUUUGUGGAUGUGCUUUUUCAUGGUGAUAUCAGGUAAGCUGCUGCCGUUCGGCAACCAUGAGGAAUGCCUCAAGGAGCUGAGAAUGUUUAAGGCAUCAGACCGGCCCGUCGACACCCCCUUCCUGCUUGAGUGCUGGGGGAAUCUGCGACCGUUCAUUCUUGGCAAGGCGAACAUGGCUCAGCGGCUAGGCAUAACAGUGCGCAUUAAACAUAGUACACGACGGCGAGGGAACGUCCCCGCCUUUCUCAUGGAACACACAGAAACCGAAAAGAAAAAGAACUUCGAAUCGGUGCUGAAGUGGGUGGAUGUGGUGCUGUCGGAAGUAACAGAGUCCGAGGCAUUCAACGUGGCGCGCGUGUGUGGCUUGAUCUACAUGUGGGUGCGAAUUUGCAGUGGCAUCUUCCACCUGAAGAGGAAGAUGAAGAAGAAAGCGAUUGAAAUCGCGGAUAGACAGAAGUAUUAUCAGCUCCGGCUGCAAAGCGAACUGGGGAGGUCGAUGUCCGACGACCCAUCGGAGUUCGCAUCGGGAGACGAUGACGCUGCAGCGGAGGGUGGGGCGUCGUCGGAUAUUGGAACCACCUCGGCAGGCGGGGGGGUAACUCCAGGGGGCGUUUCCGAGGCAGCGGCGAGUGGGGGGGGGGGGACAGGCACGUCGGGAACCGACGCCACCUCCGCUACCCCUGGCACACCUGGCUCUCGAGGGGGCGAGGGGGAGGGGGCCACUCCAACUCCGUUGCAACUGCCUCGUAUACGCCACCUCAAAGAACGGAAAUCGAGCAAAAGGCUCUCGAGGCAAGGGAGUGCCAGAUCGGACUCGUCUAAGGGUUCUGACAAAGGGUUUCCCCCCCUCAGUCCCUCACGCAAGAGUGUCACUGCAGGUGGUGGUCGGCAAGGCUCUGUCUUCUUCGGUAAAAGGAGAGAAACGAAUGCCGGCUUGCAGAGCAGAAAGGAGACCUUGUUGACUGCGGCAUUAGAGAAGGAUUUGGAAUUCAUCGGCAAUGUUCAGGGCAAGCUGCAGAUGCAACAAUUGCUAUCGUCUCUGGGUCAAGCAAGACUACCCAAAGCUCCCUUGAAGAAGUGAGGGUGGAAAAAAAAGAAAAAGAAAAAAAGAAAAGAAAAGAAAAGAAGAGAAGGAAAAAAAAAAGAAAAUGUGACGUUGAAGUCGAAACGGGGACACAAGGAUUGCUGAGGGUGAUAGGAACAGUUCUGUUGUUGUUCCAAAGCCGUGAGCAUUCGGGUGUGAUGCUAGUCGGGGAAUCCCUCUUUAGUGCAUCUGGACAAAACUGAGUCCGGAUGCAUUCGUCAUAGUGCGUCAUCCUCUUGAAUACUCUCUACUUUGGGCCUGGUAGUUGCAUCUGGACAUGCCAUCCGCCAACGUUUCGAAUGCAUCUGGACUCAAAUUUGUCCAGAUGCAUUCAAAAUGUUGGUGGACCGCGAGUAGUAUUGCAACUAGGCCCUUUUGUCAACCAGUCAUUUCCAGUUUUCUCAAGCAGUCGGGGAAAUCAGUUUGAGUUUGUCACGGUGUGUCGUCCAUGUCGGGACUAAGAAAGACGAUGACUUCAAAUGUACUGACUGACGGAAUGAAGGAUGAUCACCACU